AUGGAAUCCCAAGUUAUUGAGGCUGAACUCAUACAUUUAGUCAGCGAGUAUAUGGCACUCCGAGUCGUUCUCCCAGCUAAGCAAGGAGAAGAAAUCGAAUCUGAAGGCCUUCACGCAAUUUUUGCCAUCGAUAAAAGUGGCUCAAUGUCGGGUGGCCCAAUUCGUGAUGCAAAAGGAGCUUUGAUAAGCCUAAUUCAAAAGUUCCGCAAAGCAGAAAUACCUAUCACAGCUUAUCUAUUUAGCAAUAAGCUAGAAAUAAUGUCUUCAGACGAUGAAGGGUAUGAAUUAAUGCAUGAUAAAGCAGAAAAGCUCAAGGCAUCCGGAGGAACACUGUUUGGCCCAGUAAUAGAACAAAUUCAUACAAGAAUUAUUGAAAAGGCAAUGAAAAACGUUUUCUGUGUCUGGCUUUCAGAUGGGCAAGACAAUAAAGGACUGACCCAGCUGAUUCCAGUUAUGGACAAGUUUAAGCAGGAUAUGGAGGAUUAUGGAGUUUCCAUUGCAAUGCAUACUAUAGGGUUUUCAGGAGAUCACGAUGCAAAUUUAUUGACUAAACUUUCACAAAGUGGGACGAGAAAAGGAUCUUUCCAAUAUGUCCCUCCAAAUGGAAGAAUUCCAGUAGCAGUCAACAACGUUUAUGAGCUGGCCUUUGAAUCCACAACCUGGGCAAGAUUCAUUUCUCAUGGAGGAAUGACCACACAUAAAAUUGAUAUAGAAAAAGAUGACGAGUCAGGAAAUUUGAAAGGCCUCAUUUACAUAAGUGAAAAUGACUUACUUCUCCCUUUCGUGAGCGAACAACAAAAUUUUGUUCGCUCAAGGAGGGGUUUAUUUUUUUUUCAAAAAAAAUUAUAUAUAAUUUUAUAGAGAAUUAAAAAAAUGCAUAUUGGAAAAAUUGAGAAGUAAAAAUUAAUUUAAUUUGCAAAAUUUAUGUUUUAAAAUGCAAGCUGCUUAAAAUUAAACAGAAUGAUUUAGAGAUUUCAUUAUAAUAAUUAUCACUUAUAUAUCAAAAAAUUUUUUAUUAUAAAAAAUUUUUCUAUUAAAAAGUAUUUUUGUUCGCUCACGAAGGCGGAUUUUUGGUCAAAAAAUAGGGAUUUUUCCAUUGGUUUUGUUCGCUCACGAAGGGGGGAGUUAGAAGAAUGCAAAAUUGAAGUGCACAGAGGCUCAAAUGUCCAGCUAUAUGAUCUUGAUCCUCACAGAGGAGAAAUUUCAGAAUUCAAAGACUUGGUUUUAUUAGUUACUAACUUCGUUAGUAAUAAAAUCAUCCAAAUUUUAGAAGUUGGAGGCGAUAAAGCAGCCCAAAAACUUGUAGAAAUCAGGCCUUUGAUACAAGAAAUGGAAACAAGAAUCGACUAUUUAGAAAACGAAGCCAAAAAUCUUCGACCUUUUCAUAGAAAACAAUGUAUUCCGUUCUUCUCCACCACAAGAGAACUAUUGCAGAAUUAUUAUACCACAUUAAGAGAAAGCGCUGGGGUUCAUCUUUCCAAUAUCCAGCUUGCCUCAUUGAAUAACUUGGCACAUAAAAACAUCCUCAAAAGAAAUCUAGAACGAAAAAUCGCCAGAGAGGUCGGCAAAAACAUUGACAUGCUUAAUGAAUCAGAAAAACUUAUUGGUGAAAUAGUGCAAGGAUUCAAUAAAGAUGAAUUAGAAAAAAAAUACCAAGGGCAAUUAGAAAAAUACGGAGAGUGUGUGCUGUCAACUAGAAACUGGCUAGAAGCGAUUAUAGAUGGUGAUUGUUUCUGCGCCACUUUUGAGCUUGAGCGACCUCAAAACUUGCUCGGUGACGCUUUAGAAAUAAAAAUUAAAAAAAUGAAUACCACUGUAAUCACUUCAGACUCCUUUGUAGACUCUGCAUUAUUUGAAACUAAAGCUGGACAAAUCAUCCAAGCAGAAAGAGCUUAUCAGCAUGGGAUGGAGCCUAAGCCAGCUAGCAAUCUUGUAAAAGGCCUUCCAAAUGAAAUUAUUAAUGGUGUCAUGCCGAUAUACAUAAACGAAGACCAUUGGCAAAUUGCCCGCCUCCGUAUCAAGCCAAUGAUUGCCUGGGACAUUACAGUUGAUGUGCUAGGGUACAUGCCAAUUCAGAUUUUCUUAUUUCCGUUCUCUAUUUUUGUCCGUGUCUAUGAAGAUGCAGAGUCUGAGUUCCAAUCAUUCCAGUUUGAGCUCAUAAAAGACACUUGUUUAGCUAUUUAUCGUGAUAACCGUGACCAAAUGAUACAGCAUCUGCAAGAGUGGCAUUCAAAUUACUUAUCGAAUCCUGCAUCACGCCUGCCAGAAAAUAUUUCGAGUAAUUCUAUCUUUCUUGCUCAGCUUUUCUGCGCAUAUGCGCAUGGGGAUUUCCCACAAGCGUCAGAAAUUUUCCCAUAUGUUUUUGAAGAAGAAUUUAGAAGGAGAAUUUCAAUGAAAAAAGAUAUAUAGGUAGUAAUAGACCUUAAAAACUUUUAUAUAGGACCGCUGAGGAUUAUUCUCUAUAUAAGAAAGGCAUUAAUUAAACAGUAUAAAGCUGGAAAAAGCCAUGGAAAGCAAUAAUAUGGUAAGAUAAAUAUGGAUUUUGAAGUCGACUAAUUCAAAAUGGGUAAUUCAAUAUAAAAGGCCUAUCCCUCUGCAUGAUUUUGCUAUGAAAAUGCUCGGAAUUAAAAUGGAAGACCAUCUCGCUCAAGUCAAGGCUGAACUCUUUGGUGUUGAAUCUCAUUACGCACAAGUAUUUCAUAGUGUCCAAUCUACAGAAAGCACUAAAAUGGAUAUAGAAACCCCUACAGGAGGAGCACCUACCAAAAAGGAUUCAAAAAUCGACUUUGAGUUCACAGGUCGCAUUACAGAGCUCAGCCAAAAAGCUCAAGGAUUUAUUGAAAGAAUCCACCAAAACAUGAACAAAGGUGGUAUGCUAUACAGAACCUUAAAGCCUAUGGGCUUAUUCAACAUUCCACCCUACACAACUCUUGACAGUGUUGGUCUAACUACAAAUGAGCAAAAACUCGCAUUGAUUUUUCUGUCAUUAAGAGACAAAAAGAAUUCCGAUAGAAAAGAUGCAUUUGCCAAUGGUACUUAUAUUGACAUUUUUAACCCUGACCAAGCCUUGAAAUUUAUUCAAAAAGUUUAUACCUUUUCUUUAUAAUAUUCCUUUAAAAAUAGUUAAUAAGAAUAGGGAAAUUUCAUAUAUGCAAGAUAUAUACACAGACCGUUAUAAGAGAAGCACAAGCUUAUAGAAAUCAAAUUAUUACAGAAAUGAACAGCAAACAGUAUGAACAAAGGUCAAUAGAAUUCGCUUGCACUACAAAUCUUGAAGAAGCUGCAGGAUGCUUGUAUGGAGUUAAGCAAGGGUCAAGCGAGUUUAAGCAGUUUUAUAAGCAGUUAAUGCUCCCUCAUGCACAGUUAGCAGCCCACAAGCUUAAAAUGCUAACACAUGGCGAAUACCAAGGUGUCAAACUUGUCCUAGAUACUUUGAAAAGCAACACAUUGGUCACUUGGAUACCUAAAGAUAAAGUUUUCCACAAAAUUUGGUUCCCAAAUGUAAAUAAAACGCUCAAAGAAGACUGGAUUGCUGCCAUCCCAAACAAAGCAGAACAUAUUGAGCAUAAAUAUUUAAGAAUGAAUGGGGUAUUUGUACCUUACACUAAGCCAAGAAGUAACGUAAAAGAUCCAAAGCAUUGGGCUGGAAAAAGCAAAGAUAAAAAGCCUUCAACAGGGACAUCAAAAUCAACAAAGAUCAGAAAUCAAGGAAAAGCUAAGCCUGCAGCUGGGAAAAAGUGGUAG